AUGAGUUACCCAGCACAGCCGACCUCUGGGAAGCCGCCUGAAUACACGCAGGAUGCGAAAACCAACCUGCCCACUCAGGUGUCCCUGGCUCCCGGGAUACCCAUGGCUCCAGCUCCCGGGAUACCCAUGGCUCCAGCUCCCGGGAUACCCAUGGCUCCAGCUCCCGGGAUACCCAUGGCUCCAGCUCCCGGGAUACCCAUGGCUCCCGCUCCCGGGAUGAACACGACUCCGGCCCUCAAUAUUUGUGUGCAGCGGACACAGAGCCGUGACUUUUUGGUCUGGUCCAUCUUCAACAUGUUUUAUAUGAACAUACUCUGUUUGGGCGUCAUCGCGGUGGCAUUCUCUGUGAAGGCCAGAGACCGUAGACUUUUUGGUGAUCUGGAUGGAGUCAAACACUAUGGUAACACAGCUAAAUACCUCAACAUCGCAGCAACUGUUCUCACCCUCCUUCUGUGUCUUCUUAUGAUUAUAUUAGCAUUUCUUGGAGCUUUUUCUGUGAGACGUUAUUAUGGGUAGAAACAGCCUGUGGGGCAGUGUGGGGAGAGGUCAUCGUAUAACAUAGACUGCUUCAGCAUUUUAAAUCUUGGACUGCUGUUCUGUCUUGUGUUAAUGCUAAGCUAGUUCUAAAGAAUAUUGUAAUGCAGGACUAAUCAUAGAGCACAAAAUGUGCAAUA